CGCGUGUUGUUAAUUUUGUUUUUGUUAUAAUUUCUGAUCAAAAUAGCAAACAAAUCUAGACAAUGGCAGAAAAACUAGAAGAUUUGAACCUUCCGUUAACUGUAGUCACACGUAUAGUGAAGGAAGCUUUGCCAGAAGGAGUCUCAAUCUCGAAAGAGGCCCGGACGGGGCUCGCAAAAGCCGCGUCGGUAUUCGUUCUGUACGUUACUUCGGCGGCAACAAACAUUGUCGAAAAGAAGAAGAAGAAGGCCCUAACUGGUCAGAUAGUGCUGGACGCUAUGAAAGAUAUAGAAUUCGACAGAUUUAUAGAACCGUUGACGGAGUCUUUGGAGCAGUACAAACAAAUGAUGUCGGCGCGUAAAUCGGGCGGCAAGAAGAAAGACGGGGAGGAGCCCGAAGUUAUUGAGGACGAUUGAUGCGUUUACGUGUGUGACUACAUCUAAGUUAGUAACAAAGUUUACUGUAGUACAAUAACACAACUCUUAAGUACUGAACUGCUCCUGUUUCCAUGAUAUAUCUGCCGC